GACCACCGAAACUCCUCGUUCCCAAUUGCAAUUGCUUCGCGCAUUUCCGUUUAAUUAGGGCACUAGAGCGUAGCGGCGGUGAGGGCUGUUAUCGGCGUCCGGCGGCGGGGAAGAUGCUUACCAGUGACAUUCCUCCUAACCAGACGAUAUACAUCAAGAAUCUGAACGAGAAAAUCAAGAAAGAAGAGUUGAAGAGAUCUCUUUAUGCCUUGUUCUCACAGUAUGGGAGGAUCGUGGACAUUGUUGCACUGAAAACUGCUAAGCUCCGAGGGCAGGCUUGGGUUGUGUUCAGUGAAGUCCCAGCUGCUAGCAAUGCUGUACGACAGAUGCAAAACUUCCCAUUUUAUGACAAACCUAUGAGAAUACAAUAUGCUAAAACAAAAUCCGAUAUUAUUGCUAAAGCUGAGGGCACCUAUGACAAGAAAAAGAAACAAGAAGAAAAAGCUGAGAAAAAGAAGCGUCCCGAUGAAGCACAACAAGCUACCGUGUCUAAUGGUGCCAAAGCUGACAGCAAUGGAGGACCAGCUGUUGCCUCUCGGCAAGGAAGGCCACCACCGACACAACAAGAAGCAGUGGCUGAGCCGAACAGCAUACUAUUCAUACAAAAUCUGCCGUACGAAACGAACAGCAUGAUGCUGGAGCUGCUAUUCAAGCAGUACCCGGGAUUCAAAGAAGUGCGGAUGGUAAAUGCGAAGCCGGGCAUCGCGUUUGUGGAAUUUGAGGAUGAUGCGCAGUCGUCGGUUGCAAUGCAGGACCUUCAGGGUUUCAAAAUCACUUCCCAGAAUCCCAUGGCCAUCAGUUACGCCAAAAAAUAAUUCUGAUGAGAAAUGGAAUACUGCUAUGUGGUAUGCUACUAUGCUAUGCUAUGAAUGAUAUAUCUGAUCAAGUAAAAGUGUAUUUGAUAGGCUGGAGCAUAUAUGUUUGUUUGUUUUCAAAUAUCUUCUUUUACUACUUUACUACAGUGGUUGGUGAAUUAUUGUUUUUUA